AUGGCAGAUCAGCAAGAGGCAUCGUCAUCACGAGUAGUCGAGAGUAGUAGCACGCUCGCAUCAUCACAUGAAGGAGAAUCCCCAGCAGCAGAACCUCAGAAAAAAUGCGCCAGCUGCGGCAAAGUGGAGACAGUCACAGAUCCAGAAGAACAACCCGUAUUGAAGCACUGCGCCAAAUGUCACACCACACUAUAUUGCUCCCGAGAUUGCACCAAAUCGGAUUUCAAACAGCAUAAGAAAGUCUGCGCCAAGCAGGCACAAGCUUAUGCUGAAAGUGCGGAUUUCAAACCCAGUGCUCCUAGGAGGGCGCCGCCGAAGGAGAACUUUAGAGGUGGUUUGCAGAAGUGGCAGUUUGACACGUGA